GCGCAAUUUUGCCCAUUCCUUCCCCGUUCACAACAACAUAUAUGAACAGCGACGCUUCCUUCGCAGUCUUUCUCCAGUCCGCCGGUUUAUGAUAGCCGUGAAAUAGACAGAAAAGAGAGAGAGAGAGGAUGAGAUUAUCCGCUUUCCCUCCUCCUUCUUCUUCCUCCGCAUUCCUCUCCAACAACAACCAACCGCCAGCUUCCGCGGCCGCCGCCCUCACUUCUCCGUCGUCCUUUUCUUGCCUCAGCUUACUCCUACCGCCGCGCUUUGCUUUCUCCACUUCUUCAUUCGUCCUGAGAUCUGGUCCGCCGCGGAGGCCUGCUUGCCCCCGCCAGAUGCUGCUCCUCUCUUCACUCCACGGCAACGCGAUGGCGGAGCUCGUUACCAGCAGCGACGACAGCCGAGCAGUGGCCGCCGAGAAGCGCGGCGGUGCGGAGAGCAGUACCAGCACGUUUCUCGAUGCGAGAACCGAAGAAGUAUUCACCGCAAAUCUUGGUUUCCGGUAGAGCACAUUAAGCACCGAGAAACGCUAGUAGGAUCAUUUUCAUAUUGCUGAAGCACUGGCCAUAACGCGCAACUUUCCGUAUCUUGGAACUGAAUUGCGUGCUUGUUGCUCCUGUUCUUGAGUGUAGAAUCGGUUGAGAGAGGUGAAUUCCGAUAUCUUGUCUGGAAUCAGGAAGGACGCAGAAGCUGGAAGGCUGCCAUCUACUGUCGCAGAAGGAAUGGAAGAACUAUAUCACAAUUACAGAAAAGCUGUUCUCCAAAGUGGACAUCCAAAAGCAAGUGACAUUGUAUUGUCCAACAUGUGUCUUGCAUUGGAUCGGAUUCUCGUUGAUGUGGAGGAUCCUUUUGUCUUCCCCCCUUAUCACAAAGCAUUGAGGGAACCGUUUGACUACUAUCAAUUUGGUCAAAAUUACAUCCGUCCUUUAAUUGAUUUCAGAAACUCAUAUGUUGGGAACAUAAGCAUUUUUAGCGACAUGGAAGAAAAGCUACAGCAGGGGCAUAACGUUAUCUUGAUGUCAAAUCACCAAACUGAAGCAGACCCAGCAGUCAUUGCAUUGCUCCUUGAAAGAACAAACCCUCACAUUGCUGAGAACUUGAUUUACGUAGCCGGGGAUAGGGUUGUAACAGAUCCUCUUUGCAAGCCCUUCAGCAUGGGAAGGAAUCUCAUUUGUGUGUACUCAAAAAAGCACAUGUUUGAUAUCCCUGAACUUGUCGAGAUGAAGAAAAAGGCAAAUAUAAGAAGUUUGAAGGAAAUGGCAAUGCUUCUGAGGAAUGGUUCGCAGAUAAUAUGGAUUGCACCCAGUGGUGGUAGGGAUCGUCCCGAUCCUGUCACUGGAGAAUGGCAUCCAGCACCAUUCGAUACAUCUUCAGUUGACAAUAUGAGAAGGGUAGCUGAAAACGCUGGUGCUCCAGGACACAUCUAUCCUUUGGCACUACUAUGCCAUGAUAUCAUGCCGCCUCCUCCCAAGGUGGAGAAAGAAAUCGGAGAGAAGAGGGUGAUAUCCUUUUCUGGAACAGGGGUAUCCGUUGGGACAGAAGUGAAUUUCGAUGAAAUUGCUGGCGCUUAUGAAAAUCUUGAACAGGCCAAGGAGGCAUACACAAAGUUACUGUAUGAGUCUGUCUCUGAUCAGUACAAUGUGCUUAAUUCUGCCAUAUACGGGAAGGAAAGAGUCGAUACAUCAUCUCCAGCAGUCUCGAUAUCACAGCCCUGGUCAAAUGUUUCUGUCACGUAAUUCCAUGGAACCAAGGCUCGAGAAUCCCAAACUCCUUGCAAAUCUUUGAGGUGCUGAAAAUCUUUCUGCGAAGAGAAAGAAUCGAAAUCAAGCUCCAGAUUCUUCUCUGGCGAUGCAUUUUUUUUGUCGGAAGCGAGAUAAGAAAUUGGAACCUGUUCCAGACGCUUCAGUUACUGUACAGGAAAGCAAUAGUUAGAGUACUACCACCUCUGUCUCUCCUUGCCAAGAAAGUCUGCAUGUAAAUGGUCUGCAAACUUUGCCUACGUUAGAUGUUAAAAAUAAUGGUUACACGAGAUUCCCCCCCGGUAACUUGCUCUGCUUUGCCCUUUCGAUCAGCAACCUUAUGGUAGAUAAGCGUGAGCAAUCCGUCCACAUCCGCAUGAUAUCAAUAUCUAGGGAUGACAACAAAAUCGGAACCCACGGAUACCCUACCUGACCCAACUCGGUCAACGUGUGUAAAAUUCGUGUUGAUGAGAUUGGACCGGGUUCGGGUUUAAACUAGAACACUAUUCACCCGUUUGGAUUGGGUUUGUGUUUAGAUAUACUCGCCCUUGAUACCCGGCCAUACCCAUAUAAUUAAUUUUUUCGAAUGAAGUUGAUAUUAUCGAGUGGAGAGUGAAGAAGUUUAAUUGACAAGGAGGAAGAAGCUUUCAAUUAAUCAUGUUGUUUAUGGAUAAUUUGUGAUUUGGUUCAAUUUUUUUUAGUUUUCUAGAUUGGUGUUGAAUAAUUUGUAUGAUUAAUUUGUGAUUUGCUUGAAUUUUCUGGAAUGGUGUUUUAUAUAUGGAUAAUUUGUAUUGAGA